CAUCAUCAUGACAACAGAAAAGAGCCCAGCAGCCGACACUGACAGCUCGGAGCAGCGACAAGCCAAGGAGGAGGAAAGAGCUGCUGAAACACAGAAGCCAGAGGCUUCCCUGGAGGAAGGGGCUCAGCCAACCCCGGAGAGACAGCCCCAGAGGCAUAAGGCCUCCAACGGAGACACCCCCACCCACGAAGAGCACAGCAGGAAAGAACGACGCGCCUCUGAGGGCCGGGGGCUCUCCCGCCUCUUGUCCUCCUUCCUCAGAAGGCCCAAGUCUCAGGUAUCUGAAGAGGACAAAGACACUUACGGUCCUAAAGAGGCGGGAGGUGACCAGAAAGACGCAGGAUUAGGAGCCAGUCAUGAUGAAGACAUCCUGGUGAAAGCCCCGAUUGCAGCUCCUGAGCCUGAGCUCAAAACUGACCCAUCGCUGGAUCUCCAUUCCUUGAGCAGUGCAGAAACACAGCCUGCUCAGGAGGAGAGGAGGGACGACCAGGAGCCAGAGGGAAGAGACCUCGAGGACAAGGAAGAAGGGGAAGCAAAGGAAGAGGGUGCCAAACCAGAACCGAAGCCAGAGUCUCUGGAGACUAAAGCAGACAAGGAUUUGAAAGCUGCCCAAAAAACAGUGAAAAGACACAGAAACAUGUACUGCAAAGUCGUCUUGCUGGAUGACACCAUUUUUGAGUGUUCUGUGGAUAAACACGCCAAGGGACAGGAUCUACUUAAAAAAGUCUGUGACCACCUCAAUCUCCUGGAAGAAGACUACUUUGGUUUGGCCAUAUGGGACACGCCAACCUCCAGGACGUGGCUGGAUCCUGCCAAAGAAAUAAAAAAGCAGGUUCAUGGAGGCCCCUGGGAUUUUACCUUCAAUGUCAAGUUUUAUCCACCAGAUCCUGCUCAGCUAACAGAGGACAUCACUAGGUAUUACCUGUGUCUGCAGCUUAGACAGGACAUCCUUACAGGGCGGCUGCCCUGCUCCUUUGCCACGUUGGCUCUGCUGGGUUCCUACACAGUCCAGUCAGAGCUGGGAGACUAUGAUCCUGAUCUCCAUGGCCCAGAUUACAUCAGUGAGUUCAAACUGGCCCCAAACCAGACAAAAGAGCUUGAAGAAAAGGUUGUGGAACUUCAUAAAACAUAUAGAUCCGUGACUCCAGCCCAAGCAGACCUGGAAUUUCUUGAGAAUGCUAAAAAGCUUUCCAUGUAUGGAGUCGACCUUCACCAAGCCAAGGACUUGGAAGGUGUGGAUAUCACUCUGGGGGUCUGUUCCAGUGGCCUUCUUGUUUACAAAGAUAAACUGAGAAUCAACCGCUUCCCGUGGCCCAAAGUCCUGAAGAUUUCCUACAAACGCAGCAGCUUUUUCAUAAAGAUUCGGCCAGGGGAGCAAGAACAAUAUGAAAGUACAAUUGGGUUCAAGCUACCAAGUUACCGGGCAGCAAAGAAGCUGUGGAAAGUAUGUGUUGAACAUCACACCUUCUUCAGGCUGACUUCCACCGAGGCCAUCCCUAAGAGCAGGUUCCUGGCGCUGGGCUCCAAGUUCCGCUACAGCGGCCGGACGCAGGCGCAGACGCGGCAGGCGAGCGCCCUGAUCGACCGGCCCGCGCCCCAGUUCGAGCGCACAGCCAGCAAGAGAGCGUCCAGGAGCCUCGAUGGAGCUAAACGUGUGACUCAAAAGGUUGAGUUCAGAACCGUAGAGGAAGAGAAGCAGAAGGAGGUGGUGGUGGUUGAGGUUCCUGAACCAAAACCUGCGGAUCAGAUCCGAGAGAAACAAGCCAAACACACUCUUGAAACAUUUGAAAUGAAAGCCAUUGCAAAGGAGGAAGAGGAGGAGAAGGUAGAGGUGGUUAAGGUUCCUGUUGUCAAGCCACAGUCAGCGAAGCUGGUACCGCCGCAGUCAGCCAAACGUGAUCUUGGCAGUAUUGAGAUAAGCCCAAUUGAAGAGGAGGAGGAGGAAGAAGAGAAAAUGAUGGUGGUGAGAGAACUAGAGCCGUUGCCGAAGGAGUCAGCAGUGGCUGUGAUAACCCCGGAGCGGAGUCCCCGGCCCACCUCAGCCCCGGCCAUUGCUCAGAGCCACGCUGCAGAGCCAGCCCCGGCCAAGUCCGACGUGAAGGACGUGGCCACAUCUAAAGUAGGGAAGGAAACAGCGAAAUCUGAUGUGAGAUGUGAAGAAUUUCCACCGGAGAAAGCCAAGGAGCCAGUGGAUGCCUCAAGGGUGAGGAAAACACACAUUGAGGUCACAGUCCCUACCAUGAAUGGUGCCCAGCCCCAGCAGCAGCCUGCAGAAAAAGAGGAAGAGCUGAUAAGAAUGAGGAAGAAGAGAUCAAAGAGGCUAGAUGGUGAAAACAUUUAUAUCAGGCAUAGCAAUUUAAUGUUGGAGGAUCUAGAUAAGACGCAGGAAGAAAUAAAGAAGCACCAUGCCAACAUCAGUGAGCUGAAGAAGAACUUCAUGGAGUCUGUCCCCGAGCCUCGGCCGAGUGAGUGGGACAAACGUUUGUCCAGCCACUCCCCUUUCCGGAGCCUCAACGUCAAUGGGCAGAUUCCCACGGGAGCCGAUGGAGUCAAGAAAGUCACUGUCCCAUCUUCUGAGAGACAGGUUGGUGGGCUUGAGAAAAUGAGUGACUUUCUCUCCCAAGAGGAUGUGGCUGCAGUGGCAGAGUGGAACAGUUUUAACACUGACUUUGCGUGGGAGGGCUCAAAGCAGUCGGUAGUUUUUAGUGAGACUCCAGUGCCACCCACCUCACAGCCUUCUCCCAGCUGGCACUUUGGUGCUUCCUCCCUAAGCAGCGAGGCGGAGGAGGAGGAGCAGGAGGAGGCGGUUCCCAGCGAGGAGGACCUAACAUGUGGAAAGGGGGUUUGUGUGGAUGUGGAGAAGGACUCGGAGCUCUCCGAGCCGGAGCCCCGUCCCAGCCCUGCCGCACUUCCCCGGCAGCCCUGGGGAGGAGAGGAGGAGGAGGUGGCAGAGGAUGGUGAAGACAGCUUUGCCUUUAGAAAGCCACACGGCAAGUUUCCCAACCCAGCUGCUCCUAACGGGCUGCCGGAGCUCAUUCGCUGCUUCCAGCCCCCACUAGUGAAGACACAGACUGUCACCAUCUCUGACAUGUCCAGCGCCGUCAAAAGUGAAAUUCCCACAAAAGAGGUCCCUAUUGUCCACACAGAGACAAAGACCAUCACGUACGAAGCUGCACAGACAGAUGGUGGCAAUGGGGAUUUAGACCCUGGCAUCCUGCUCACUGCCCAGACCAUCACUUCAGAAACCACCAGCAGCACCACCACCACCCAGAUCACCAAGACUGUGAAAGGUGGCAUUUCAGAGACACGGAUUGAGAAGAGAAUUGUUAUCACAGGAGAUGCAGAUGUAGACCAUGACCAGGUCCUGGCACAGGCAAUCAAGGCUGCCAAGGAGCAGCACCCAGACAUGUCGGUCACCAAAGUGGUUGUGCACCAGGAGACAGAGAUCGCAGAGGAAUAGCCUGGCUGAAAUGUUCCUGCCUGCGACAACACCAGGAAAAAGAAACCCAGCAAAACUACCAAGAAACUACCUGGAG